UUGUAUAAUAUUAGUUGAGGCGGUCCAGUCUGUUGGACCGACCUAUUAGUUGUGUGUUAAUUAUUUAUUUAAGGGCGGCCCAGUCUGUUGGGCCGGCCCAUUAUUCGUAUAUUUGCUAUUUAGGGCGGCCCAGUCUGUUGGGCCGGCCCAUUAAUCCGAAACCCUAACCCCAGCUCUUCUAUUUAUACUCCUCUUCUUGGAAGAGGAGGGGGAGGUUGGAAAGAGGGAGGCUCAAUACAACACCCACACUAUUCAUCAUCUUCCUCACACACUUCUCCUUCUUCCCUACCCUUGGAUUCCUUAAUCCAACAAUGGUGCUUUCAUUGAGAGAUCGAACGCAUCAAGCGUGCUCUCUUCUUCUUCUUUUUCAUUUUUUACUUUUCGUUGAUUUUUUCCGGAAGCCGUACUGUUCUUCAACCCAUCUCCAAAGCAUUUGUUUCAACGGAGUGGGGAUGAGGAGCGCCGUGAGUCCGUCCCUCAGAACGCCAGGGCUCCGGUAUUCGAGCCACAACUCCCGGCGCCGACCAUAACAGCUGGCCGACUGAAAAACUGCUGCAACUAAAGAGCAUCGUCGUAGAUCUGCCGUAAGUCCGUCGUCCCAAGACCCGAUUGACGACCACCGACCGGCGUCUGUCCCUUGCUCUUACUGGUGACGGUCCGCUAGCGGCGGUCACCGUACGGACGGGAUGAGCUGCGCGGUAUCCCUCCUCUGCGCGGCCAUCGACGAAGACCAGGGGCUCUGGGGCAGCUACAAGCUCUGGCGGUGGUGUGACAGCUCCAGCUCCGGCAAAGCUCCAUGAACCGCCACCAUUUCUGGCGGGUUUGGUCCGGGAAACGCAGGCCUGACGCCAUGGAUAGCAGGGGGCAUAUUAUUUCAGAUCUGAUUUUGGGUGAAGUAGUGGACGCCCAAGCUUUGGGGUACGCAAGUUUCACAGGAAGAAGCAAAUUGCAGGUCUAGAUGCCAGCUUUGAGUGCUUCAGACCUGCAUACUCGGGUUUUAAAGCUUGGACGAUAGCAAGAGAUGCCGAAAUUGCAAGUCUCAAUUGUAAGUCCUAAUUGGCAGGAGGACUUGACCAGUGCUCACUUCAAAGGACUUUUUGAUCCUGAUAAUGCAGAACAGCGACGAAGUGGUCUCAAAGGCGCUCCGAUCUGUCCACACUCCAAUUUGAGCUCCGGGUCUUGCUCCAAAAUCGCAGGUCUCAAAGACACCAUCAACAAACCAAAAUUCUCCAAAAACAGAGAAGCCGGAGUUGGGCGUGCCUCUGCCUCGACACUGCCGUUACGACUAGGCCGGCCUACCGGCUUGGCAGCCCUCGUUACAAGCUUUCAUGGGCGGCAAGCACGGAUGAUUUUGAAAGCCGAUUUUGAAAGCAUUUUAGACUUUAGAGUACUCCGCGGCGCAUUGAACCAUCGACAUGGGCCUGACGUUGGUUUGUGGCGCCUGAGUCGAGCUUGCUCGUCGGGUACGGCUGAAUGGGAGGAUGCACCGGGAUUGAUCCGACCGCCGGUGGAGGUCUUUGAGGUUGCCGCCGAUAGACCUCACAAACCAAUAAUAUCUACAUCUUCAAUAAUGAACUGGUAAAGCAUUCCUGCGGUUGGAGGAGCCGUGGUUGUCACUGCUGUUGAGUCUCGCCGUUAGGCCGCCGAAGUCAUAGUGGUGGAGGUCUCCGGGUUCAACGUCAUCGCCAUGGUUGGAGAGAAACCGGCGCAAAUUCUACUACCGGGAGACCAUCGUGACGUUGACAGGAUUGAGAGGUCUGAGAUUGAUGCUUCCGUGUUCCAGCGCAUAAGGUCAGCAAGUGGAUGCCAUUAUUUACUCUGCACUUUUUAAAAGCCAAUCCAUUACUAUCCUACACAUGCAUGCCUUAUCAAGAAUUAUUAUUACUAUGAAAUGCUCCGUACAUUAUAUUUUUUAAGAAACAGAAAGAUGGCCAUAUUCAUACUCCAACUUGGAAGAAAAAGGGGAUGGUUCACUUUAUUGUGAUAAUCCCUUAAAGAAAGGAAAACAUAUAAAGUGGGUCUACUUGAUACUCCGUAUUAUUAUGCCCUGUGCUCCAACAUCAGAGGCUUGUUGUCCAAAAGAGGGAUUUACUCGUAGAUACAGAGAGAGUUAGGAGUCGUGAUUGAGAAUUGGGACCCGUACUCAUGGUCAAUUCAUGUUCUGUACAAUUUGUUGCAUUUCUAUUGGAAGUUAUAUAGAGAUAAGUAGCCGAAAAGGGGAUCCACUAAUUGGAGUCCAUACUCAUUUUAUGUUCGGUAGAAUUUGAUGCAAAUCUGUUGAGACUUAUGCACGGACAAGUACCUAUGAGGAGAUUUAGUAAUUGUGAUCUGUUGUUUGGGGCAACCUCGGGGAGGGAUGCCCAAUGUUCACCAUCACCAAUUUGCCCGACGAUCACCAUCAUCGAUUUGGUUUCUUCACCUGGGUUCUGAGAAGACUCUAUGUUUUUCACCCUCCCUCUUAUGCAUCUGAGUCAAAAUCUCAUACGGCCGAGUGUGUGACAACUCCUAAGGCCAAGCUCAUAAUUUCUAGUGGGGCUCAGUCCGAGCAUGGGAGGGUGACCGAGUCCGAACUCAAGCUAAUGACGGAAGGCUGAGUUUGCCAAACAGUGUUAUGAAGUCUAGUUCGGCAGUGGUGAUCCUAGCUGACUGAGUCUGCUGAUGCCGAGUGUACUAUGUUCGGCUGGGUGCCUGUUCUGAUUCCAAAUAAAUUGAGGGGCCUUGUGAAGUUUAUUUUGGCUUUCUCUUCAUGCGACAGAGUACAUGCUCUGAUAUCCGAGUAUGAUGAUAUCCAUCACUUCUGAUCGACCUGCCUUCAUGGUUUAGCUGGGAUAUGCACCAACUUCUUAUACAAAUGAUUGCUACUCAGAUUUGCGCCACGUUUGCUUCUACAACUUGGAUA